AGGAGGGGAGGGAGGGGUGUGACUACCAGCCGACCGUCGACAGUUUCCAGUUUCCAGAGCUCAGUGAAAAAAAAAAAAAAGAUGAGGAGCUGCUCUCUUCUGCCGAACAACGAAGAAAGACUUAAAGUUCAACAGAAAAGAAAGGAGCUAAGAUAAUCGACUGCGAUGAAAUGUGCGUCCAAAAGUGCGGGAUUGACUUUAAAAACAAAGCGAACUGCGAGCAUCCAGAGUUGAACACAGUGGACACUGCGCUCCCUGCUCAAGUCUGACCUCGAGUGUCGGCAGCUGGUAUUUUUUGGACAAUGAUCAACUCUCAGAUCCAGCUCCACUACAACUACACAGGAAAGCUGGCCAACCGGCCAAGCAUUGGCGUGAGCCCCGGCACUGUGGACACCAAAACCGUAGUUUUCCUCAUCGUUUGCAGCUUCAUCGUCUUGGAGAACCUCACAGUGCUUGUAGCCAUAUGGAGGAACCACAGGUUCCACAACCGCAUGUACUUCUUCAUCGGUAACCUGGCAAUGUGCGACCUGCUGGCUGGAGUCGCUUACCUGGUCAACCUGCUCCUGUCUGGAGAGAAGACCCUGCAGCUCUCACCUGCUCUCUGGUUUGUGAGAGAGGGGAGCAUGUUUGUAGCACUUGGAGCCUCCAUUUUCAGUCUCCUGGCUAUUGCUAUAGAGAGACACCUUACUAUGAUCAAAAUGAGGCCUUAUGAUGCAAACAAGAACUACAGGGUAUUUCUGCUCAUAGGGACCUGCUGGCUGAUUGCUAUAUCACUUGGAGCUUUGCCUAUUCUGGGCUGGAACUGCCUGAAUAACCUCCCUGAUUGCUCCACAAUCCUCCCUCUUUACACCAAGAAAUAUGUUGCUUUCUGCAUCACGGUUUUCAUACUUUUGCUCUCAGCCAUAGCCAUCCUGUAUGCCCGCAUCUACAUCUUGGUCAAGUCCAGUAGCCGAAAGGUGAGCAAGCACAGCAGUUCAGAGCACGCCAUGUCCCUACUGCGCACUGUCAUCAUCGUAGUUGGAGUUUUCAUCGCCUGCUGGACUCCCCUCUUUGUCCUGCUCCUGGUGGAUGUAGCGUCCGAGCAGAGGUCCCCCAUUCUUUACAAAGCCGACUGGUUCAUUGGGCUGGCUGUGCUCAACUCCGCGAUGAACCCAGUCAUCUACACUCUGGCCAGCCGCGAGAUGAGGCGAGCUUUCCUGGGUCUGGUUUGCGGCUUUUGCUACAGGGCGAAGGCGUCUGUGAACGGAAGCGGAAACAGACAGUCCCUGGAGCCCAGCCGCAGCAGGAGCAAGUCGUGGAGCAGCCAGAACCAGCAGGGCUCCAGGCAGUCAGAGCCGGAGAGAGGACAGGAGUCAGACAGGGGCCACGGAGAGGUUUCAGUGGUAGCUGGAGCAAGCAGAGGUACCGCUGAGGCUGCGAGUGACAGAGAAGAUUAAAAGGAGAGAGGAGUAAUUUACAGUAAUACUCUGAGCUUACGGGCUUGUGCAGUAGUCACAACGGAGAGCAUUGUUCCCAAAAAAAGGGUUUCUUUAAAUGAAGGGUAGAUUUCUGACAUUAGCUGCAGGGCAGUGCUUUCUUUUUGCUAUAUGUUCAUCAUCUGUAAUGUAUGGCUCUUUCAAGUCCAGCCUCCAGUGCUCAAAACUUGCCAGAGUUUGGAGUCACAUUGUCCUAUUUUUGUUGUUGGGUUUUUUUGCUGGAUAACAGUCACUUCCACAGAUGACUGGUGCUCUUACCCUCAACAGAAAGGACUUUUACCUCCGUAGUUGCAGCUGUGAGCUCCUAUGAUAAAUAAGAAGCGAAAAUUUACCCGCAGUUACCAAAUAAGUGCAAUUAUAUCACUGCAAAAACCAAUGUAAUGAAGAAUGAUUGUAGACUAUCGUUAUUGCAAUGACACACAGCUGAAGGUAUUUAUUAAUCUACGUAGUUUGUAUUUACUCAGUAAUCCUACAGUAUGCUGGGCAGUUACUGUAAUCUGCAUUGUAUAAUAACCAAGGCAAGAGUUACUCAUAGCGAAGAAACAAACAGGUGCUUUUUUUGUAUUAUAUCAGUAGCAUUGGGUUCAAAAUGAAAGCGUUUGCGAUACAAGGGCUCCAUCUGCUGGUCUUACUCAGUACUGCUGCAUGUUUACUAUGCAGCUACAGCAGUUCUUUGUGUGCGUUUGCUUUGAGCUUUAAAAGCAUGAUGCUAGAAAGCUGAAGACUGUAAAGAGGCACGUGAAUGCAGCAUGUGAAAUACAAAUUGCACAUAUUCAUGUUAGAUAAAAAAAAAAAUCAUCUUUCACUCAGUAAAUUAAAAUGGAAAACUAUUAAAUUUACUGUGUAACAAUUCAUUAGAAUCACCUUAUGGCCAAGAGAGUGCAGCUCUGCUUUGUUUAUGAAAAGAACUUAUAUAAAGGCUUGGUUCACCAAAAAAAGUAUUUACUGUGUAAUCUAGCCAUGCUUUUGAUUUUGUUAGUCAAGAUUUAGAAGCAUGGGUCUCACUGUAGCUCACCUGGCUGUACAGGUGACUCAGUGCUGAAGGCUGCUGCAGAGGUUCAGCUCUGAGUCUGACCCAGACCAUUUUCUGCAUGUCCUUACCGCAACUCUUUUCCCUGCUUUCCUGUCCACUCCCUGUACUGCACCAUCUAAUAAAGGCUGAAAAUGCAAAAGAAAAGAAAAAGAAAAAAAAAAGAUGUAAAAUAUUAUGUUUUAAAGAUAUCUGGAGGCAAUCUAACACACAAUGCAUAUACACUAAGUUGUGUUUUCCAUGGCUCAUAACAUCUAUUUCCUAAAACCAAUUUCCAGUCACUGUGGACAAUCCACAGACCGCACCUGGAACUUAUUUACUCUUACUUUUCAUGGGAACUAAUAUAAAUAGUGCGGACUGUGGAUGACUCAGAGUAACAUAUCUCAAAGACAAGUAUAUGUGAAUGUGGGUAAAUUAAAACCACCUGCGUGUUUUAGAUGAGAAAUCUGUGACUCAUGAGCAGAAAUAUUAAUACCUGAAACUAUUACAGCAGAGAAACAACAGUGAUUCUACACAUUCACGGUUUUAUUGCCAACAGUCAUACAGAAUAAUGAUUAACUAAUACAACCAAAAGAUUAAAUCUGUAAACAUCA